GCGGAGGGCUUUGAGCGCUGCACUCCGUGCAAUAUGGCGGAAUAUUUACAGGUCUUUCGGAGGGCGCUGGCCCAGGUCCGGGCACACGGUGGUCUCCGGGGGUCUUUCUGGCAAAUAAUGAGAAUUAAUGAUCUGAAAACUGGUGCACUGAUUGGCGUUGACAAAUAUGGCAACAAAUAUUUUGAAGACAAACGUUACUUUUUUGGACGUCACCGUUGGGUGGAGUAUACUAAGGAGAUGAAUGGCAAAGAUACCUACUGGGAUAUAGAUGGCAGCAUGGUUCCUCCUGAAUGGCAUCGCUGGCUUCACUGCAUGACAGACGAACCUCCAACAACACACCCUCCUGUUGCACAUAAAUUUGUCUGGGAGAACCACAAAUUCAAUGUGAGUGCCACUCCUGAGCAAUAUGUUCCAUAUCCCACUACACGGAAGAAGAUUCACGAGUGGGUACCACCUCCACCAUCUAGCAAUUAAGUUGCUGGAUUGUAAGAUAUCACUGCAGACCUAUUUAAUAAAAAGAAAUACUUUGGAGAA